CGUCGCUGUCGACCAACGCGGCGCUGAUGGCGUCGACAGUGCUGGCCAGCCGCCUGCCGUCGACGGGCCAGGUGUUCAGCCUGACGCUGUUCAGCAUCGAGGUCUUCGGCCUCUUCCCCGUCUUCCGCCGGUACGCCCGCCACCGCAGCUGGCGCUACCACGUCGCCCUGACGGUGCUGCUGGUCCUCGGCGCCGGCGCCGGCGUCGGCAUGAUCCUCGGCGACGAGCGCGGCUGGCCCUGGAAGAAGGGUUUGCUGGGCAUGGUCGUCGCCUGCCUCAUCUCGGCCGUCGCCAUGGGCGGCUGCAGCUGGUGGCUCAUCGGCCUGCAAAAGUACAAGAACGAGAUCUACGGCCCCUGGGACCCCGCCCGCCCCAUCAUCAUCAGCCGCAGGCACUGGGAUGACGAAUAGACGUGUGUUUUUUCUCGUCGGGAGUAUAUGGAUUGUACAUGGAUAGACAUGCCGUAAUAGACACGUAACGUAGUUAAUGCGGUGAUAAAUAUAAACUGGGCGUUUUGGUGUUUGUCACUGCUGACCAAUCUCUUUGCGUUGGGUGUACGUGAACCAUAGUAU